CACCUCCCACUUUCUUUGCUAUGACGUCACGGAGGUGAAGCCAGUUUGAAUUUAGCCUGAUUUGAUUUAGUGAUUUGGUAUUUAACUUUAAAGGGUUAAGGUUAGUCUUUAUGAUCUGUGUUUUUAAACAUUUAAUUCUUAUUCACCUAUGUGCAAUACAUUUUAAUUGCAUUUAUUAUUUUAUUUGAUACCUUUAAAGCACCUGUCAAACUCAAGGCCCGGGGGCAAGAUGCGGCCCGCCACUUCAUUUUAUGUGGCCUGCGAAGACAAAUUGUGCAUCAAAUUCGUGUGUCAUUACUAGAAUGGCGAAUUGUCUUCACUUUUAAUAUCUUUUUUAAAAAUAUUUGACCAAUUUUUACUCGUCUGAUUUGAAAACGAAUUAUUUGUCAGUUUGUUUUGUAGCUUUUACUGUAUAUAUGAGGUGCUCAUACAUUUUCACAUUCAUAAUGGCCCUCCGAAAGAAGCUAUGACUACAAUGCGGUCCGCGAAAAAAAAUGAGUUUGACACCCUUGAUUUAAAGGGACAGUGUGUGUUUUCUGCCACCUAGUGGACAUUAAUAGAAUUAAAUGACAUGAAUUUGAAGCACAUGCAUUAUUGUAAUACUGUACACGUUUGUAUCUGCAAAAAUGAGGUAUAGUGUUAGCGUAAUUGUCAAAUGUAUGAAAUAAUUGCUGCAGGUUAUCAUGGCCAAAGUGUCAGCUGACAUUUCUUUUGGCAAAAAAAUCACAUUUUUAACACAGCUUGUAUUCCGGAAUAUCAAAGUGUUCCUUGAUAGUGUGCUGCUAAUUGACUUUUUUCUUUCUUAGCAGGAACUUGGCAACACUUUAAUCCACAUAAUCUUGUGAUGCUUUUCUAAAUCCAUCCAAUCUGUUGCGGCUCUAUAAUUAACAGCUCUGCUCUAGAAAUCUGGGUCAUUAGAUCGAAGCCCGAGUGCUGCAUCGUGUGCUGAGCAAGUUUUUAACCGAAACUCAGGAUUGAGAAACGUGUCCCCGCUGAGGAUACCCAAAUGGAUACUCAAAACCUGGCCAUACAAAACUGGAGUUUGGAUUUAUGCUCAAACCAUCCUAUUUUCCAGAGCGAGGGAAAGUCAGAUUCACGUCCCAGCGUGUGGGCCGAACCAACGGGAAUGAAGAGUUGCACUUCUCGGUCUUUUGCCAGGGAUGCUAGGAUGAGACUAGAUUUUUUAAAGUUUGGAUAUAAUUCUCAAUUGUCCUCCCCUGCCAAGGAUGAUGAUGAUGAAAAAGAAAAAGACCCAGGAACACAUACUGUUUUUGACUUAGUGGAUCUUCUUGAACUUAAAGAUGAUAAAGAGGAUCACGAAAGCUGGUUAUAUGAAUCUCCAAAAAAGCAGAUAUCAGAGGACAACCAGUCACCUCUGAGAUGGUGUCGACACAUCUUGGAUAAUCCGAGUCCUGAAAUGGAGGCCGCAUCUCGUUUACUUCGCAAUAAACUAAAUCAAAAAACAAGCAGUUCCUACAGGAGUAUCUUUUACAAACAGCCUGCAGGGCAAGAUCACACCGACAGUGCAUGUGUGGAUCCUCACAAUGACAAAAUAUCUACAAAUACGACACACGACACCUCUUUGGAUGAUCUGGCUAUGCCCUGUGAGUCCAUGACUACCAGCUACAAAUUGCAGGACAUCACAGAUGUUCACCUAAUGGCCCGUAUACAAGAAGACAGUUUACGACAGGACUACAUUUCCACGCCCGCCGGUGUUUCAGACCGAAGAAGUCCUGAGCCACAAGUUCGACUUCGUCAGCAAGUCACCCAGUUCAAGUUGCUCAAAAGAGCUCAAAAUCGAGCCAGGACAGAAUCCCCCCUUCGGACCAGCCUUCGUUCACUCCAGGCUCUGAGAAACAGUCGGAGUUUGGACACCGAUGACUGCCUGCCUGAUCAUCAAACACCAAACACAGCUUUACCAUCAGCAUCCACUAAGUCUAGCGACUGGUCACAAUUAGCGAGCGGGUCUUCAGUGCACAAGACGGCCACGAGGGAAGUGCAGAGGUCUCAGUCUCUCAGCCCCCGUAGGAUCUCUCAUCAUGCUAAGAGAUAUCUGUCUGUUAAUGCGUGUGUUUAUGCUUCACCUGAGAGGUCAAGCACUGCAGCUUGGGGCGGCACUUCGCCAUCAACGCGAAGGUGAAUCACCUCGGCCGACACUAUUCGGCGGAAACAUAAGGGCACAUUGUUUGACUGUGUUCAGUUGUUUAUAAAGCCGCUGAUUGGAUGAGAGCAGGACGCUUGCAACGACAUUGUCUUGCAUUUAUCCGGUUGAAUUAUUUCUUUUUAUAGCUGAGUUACCAUAGCGGACGUAAUGGUGUUAUGUAACGUAUCCU